UCUAAGUAAGGGGAAACCCCAUCACACACAGAAUACAGUUUCAAGUGGAAGUGCAAGAUGUCCAUACUGUUUCUCCCUUCACUGGAUCCCGAAAAGUACACAGUCCAUGAUCUGAACAGAUAUAUCCCGUCCAUUCUCAAUCCAGAAAGUAAGAGGAACUUCUACACGAACAUGGCCAAUUGCCCCUCCUGGUUUCCAGCUGGUGUACCCUUCGCAAGCCCUUAUAACAAGCAAGGCACGAAAUUACCAGCAAAAAAGAUCAGGAAAAUAUUCGCAGCAUUUCUAGUGAACUGUCCCGAGCGAUACGUGCUGAAGUCUCCUGAGGAUCCUAGCACAUCUACUUCACUAACUCCCAUCACCACGGUAUCCUAUCUUUGUAAGACGGAGUCCAUCUCUCCACCACAAGCCACUCCAUUACCCACCACCUCGGCCACCCCGAUCAACCAGAGACAACACCCACCACCUCUCACUAACGGUAACGGUAACGGUCUACAAACACCGUCCUUGAUGAGAAAUUUGGAGCAACAUCUCCAGGCAAUGGAGGACAGAGCACUUACUGCCGAGAGGAAGGUACAGGAAUUAGCGAUCGAGAAUGAACAACUGAGAGAAUACAUCAAGAGAAUCGCUGAACUUGCUGAACGAGCUCAUGCAGUUAAUAUUGACUUGACUUAGUGUAUGCAUUCAUUAUUAUUUUUGUUUGUUUUAUUCACUUCAUAAUAAUUAUAGUAUUAAUUAUGACAUCGA